AUGACGCGACACGAGCGCGACUUCGACGCGUUCGUGCUCGAGCACGGGAAGACGUACGCCUCGGACGCGAAGGAGUACGCGAAACGCCUCGAAAUAUUCGCGGAGAACAUGGCGCGCGCGAAGGAGAUGUCCGCGCGCGACGGCGCGGAGUACGGCGCGACGCCGUUCGCGGAUCUCACCGAGGACGAGUUCGCGUCGUCGCUUCUCAUGCGCGAGCCGAUCGACGCGGCGCGCGUGGAGCGUCUCAAGCGACACGAGUCAUCGCGCGUCCUCCCGCACCUUCCCACGGAGAACAUCCCUCUGAACUUCGACUGGAGAGCGCUGGGCGCGGUGACGCCGGUGAAGAACCAGGGGAUGUGCGGGUCGUGCUGGAGCUUCUCCGCGACGGGCGCCGUCGAGGGCGCCCACUUCGUCAAGUCCGGCGCGCUCGUCUCCUUGUCCGAACAACAGCUCGUGGACUGCGACCACACGUGCGACCCGGACUCCGGGACCGCGUGCGACUCCGGGUGCGACGGCGGUUUACCCGCGAACGCGAUGGCGUACGUCGUGAAGCGCGGCGGCCUGGACGCGGAGGCGGCGUAUCCGUACCUCGGCGCGAGGGGCGACGGGAGGUGUAAGAGUAAAGAGGACGGCCCGCCGGCGGCGACCAUAACCAACUACUCGUUCGUGUCCGCGGACGAGUCGCAGAUCGCGGCCGCGCUCGUGAAGCACGGCCCGCUCUCCGUCGGCAUCGACGCGCGGUGGAUGCAGCUGUACAGACGCGGCGUCGCGUGCCCGUGGGCGUGCGAUAAGACGCGUCUGGAUCACGGCGUGUUGAUCGUCGGGUUCGGCGCGGAGGGUCGGGCGCCCGCGAGGGGGUUCCGGAGGGAGCCGUUCUGGCUUAUCAAGAACUCGUGGGGGGCGCGUUGGGGCGAGGAGGGGUACUACAAGAUAUGCAAAGAUAAAGGGUCGUGCGGGGUGAACACGAUGGUCCUGGCGGCGCAGGCGUGA